AUGAGUAACGCUACCGGUAUGAACAGAACAAUGAGUAAAGGGUCGUUGAAACGAAGAUCCACAAGCCAAGAACUUCGCUUCGCUCCGAGUCAUGAAGAAGCCAGCAGUCUCUUUGAAGUGGACGAUAGCAGCAAGGGGCGCAAUAGCGAUACUGAAAAAACGACAAUCGAAGACGAUGAAUUUGAACGAACUGCCAUUCGGUGUUUUCGGUUUUACAUCUUCUUUUUAAUGGUAGUCUCGACGAUCACGGCUGGGGUGAUCACCUGGCAUUUUCUGAAUCAAGCGGAAGAGGACGAUUUUCACAAGGAGUUUGAGGUUAUUGCAGAGGACAUUAGGUUACUGAGCAAUCAACGCACCUUGGAGCUUGUUACAGACUCCAACACACUCGGGCAGACGAUUAGCAGUCUUGCAAUCAAUUCCAAAACCUCCUGGCCUUUCUUUACCGAUUUUAGUUUUCCAUUGAUUGCUUCGAAUUUCAUCAGCACCACGAGUGCCCAUCUGGUGAUCCUCUCACCGCUUAUCCAAAAUGAGGAGGAACGCAUCCGAUGGACCAACUAUUCCCAAACACAGCAAGCGUGGAUCGGACAAGGACUGGUGUUUGAACAGCAACAGAAGGAUUCUUUCAUUCACAACCAUGAUCACAACGAGCAUGAAGAAGAAGAAGAAGAUAUGAACUUGGAGGAGAUCUUUGCCGGCAUAUUCCGUGCUCCAAACGGCAUGAGAACACUGGAGGAGGGUUCAGGACCGUUCCUACCCAUCUGGCAGACAUUUGAACCUUCCACAAAGACAACCUCUGUCAAUUUCAAUCUCUUGUCCGAUCGGAACUUUGUAGAGUCGUUUGAAACUGUCAUGGCAACCAAACAGCCACUUUUGACUGAUCGGUUUGACAAGGAAUUCCAAGAUAUCAUUCCUCUCUUGGACGAGGAUGACGUUGCAUAUUUUGCGUCUAGUCCAUUCAGUAUGUUGGUGCAACCUGUUUACACGAACGCCUCCAGUGACGAGAUCGUCGCCAUUUUGAAUUCAGAUGUCAAUUGGGUUUCACUUUUCUCUCUCUCGAGUGAUGAAAGCCUACCACCCGUCGAUGUUGUUGUGGAUGACCAGUGUGGUCAAAAGUUCACCUUGAGAUUGACUGGCCCGAAGUCGAUCUUUCUGGCAUUUGAUGAUCUACACGAUCCCGCCUUUAAUGUGGACGAAAUUGACUUUCCUUUUGCGGAGCUUUUGCAAACUCAUCACGUUGCCGGAACCGACUGCAAAUACCAAGUUCGAGUGUUUCCUACCCAAGAAUUCUUUGAUACCUUUCACACUUCGUCACCGUCUUCCACUGCUGCGAUUAUCGGAACAGUAUUUGCCUUCAUGUGCAUCAUUUUCUGUCUAUACGAUGCAGCAGUCCACAUGCGCCAAAAACGUAUCCUGACCGUGGCAUCGCAGUCAGAAAAGAUUUUGUCCGUCCUGUAUCCCAAGAGUAUUCGUGAUCGUCUCUUUGGAUAUGAGGAAGAGGAGGAUCCGGCAGAAGGGAAAACACCCUCUGGGAUCCGUGGUCGCUUAAAUCACGAUCUUCGAAAGACAGCUGCAAAGUACCAGCUGAAGCAAUUCAUGACAACGACUCGCCCAGGAGAUGAAAUGGAUCAUGCAUUGAAUCCUUACGAUUCGAAACCGAUUGCGGAUCUUUUCCUUCAUGCCACGGUUCUCUUUGCCGACAUUUCUGGUUUCACAGCAUGGAGCUCGGUCCGCGAGCCUUCGCAAGUGUUCACUCUUUUGGAAGCCGUCUACAAUGGAUUCGAUAUGAUUGCAAAACGCCGCAAGGUGUUCAAAGUGGAGACAGUCGGAGAUUGCUAUGUAGCAGUUACCGGUUUGCCUGAACCCACCAAGUCUCACGCUACAAUCAUGGCAGGAUUCGCUCGAGAGUGUGUAGAAAAGUUUGCCCAAUUGGUCAGAGUGCUCGAGACUACGCUUGGACCUGACACGGGAGACUUGGGAAUCCGCGUGGGAAUUCACAGUGGACCAGUCACAGCCGGAGUAUUGAGAGGAGACAAAUCGCGUUUCCAACUCUUUGGAGACACUGUUAAUACGGCAUCUCGAAUCGAGUCCACUGGAAAACGAAAUCGCAUCCAUUUAUCGGAAGAGACUGCUGACCUAUUGGCAGUUGCUGGUAAAUCACAUUGGUUGAGGAGCCGCGAUCAGCCUGUUACUGCAAAGGGAAAGGGGAAGUUGCAUACGUACUGGCUGAUGACCAAGCAGGAAGAAGCUGGCGUCGUGAUUACAUCCAACUCGGGCUCUGCAGACAAACUCCUGGACAAUGCUAGUGGCAGUUUCAAUAAUAUUCCUUCUGGAAUUGCAGAAGCAUCUCUUGAUCUUCGCACCAAUAGUUUGGAGGAAAUCGAAAAGUUGCUACCUCCCAAGACACGGCGUUUGUGUCAGUGGAAUGUGGAUGUGUUGACAAGGCUGUUGAAACAGGUCGUGGCACACCGACUUGCAACCAAUGAGGGGUCCAAGGGAUGGGAAAACGAGCUUACAAAGCGAGAACAAGAGAUUCGUAGCCAGAUAUCGGUGCUAGAUGAAGUGGUUGAAAUCAUUCCUCUUCCUGGGUUCGAUCAACGAGUAUACAAGCGGCAGCAAGAUCCCGACAAGAUCGAGCUUUCCGAUCAAGUAAUCGAGCAGAUUCGACUAUAUGUUGCAUGCAUUGCUGCGAUGUACAGAGACAACCCUUUCCAUAACUUCGAUCAUGCUAGUCACGUCAUGAUGUCCGUUUCCAAGUUGCUUUCCCGUAUCGUUGCUGCUGACGAUGUUCUGGAUGAGGAUGAGAACGCCGCCACAUCAGAUGACUUGGGAUGGUCGAUUCACGAUCACACUUACGGCAUCACAUCCGAUCCAAUGACACAGUUCACUGUCAUUCUUGCUGCUAUGAUACACGAUGUUGAUCACUCUGGUGUAUCCAAUAACCAGCUCAUCAAGGAAGGAAAUAAACUUGCAAACCUCUUCCGUAACAAAAGUGUGGCAGAACAGAAUUCGACCGUAUUAGCAUGGGAUAUUCUAAUGGAUCCCCGCUUCCAAGACUUCAGACGCACCAUUUACGCAGCUCCCUACGAGCUGGAUCGAUUCCGACAGCUAAUGACGAAUACAGUACUGGCUACUGACAUCAUGGACAAAGAGCUUCAGGGAUUGCGUCGAAAUCGAUGGGAUGCAGCUUUCAAGACCAAUUCAGCAAUGUCAGAGGCUACGAAAGAUAUGGUAAAUCGCAAGGCCACGAUCGUCAUUGAACACUUGAUUCAAGCCUCUGACGUCGCGCACACGAUGCAGCACUGGCACAUCUACUGCAAAUGGAACGAACGCUUGUUUGAGGAAAUGACGAUAGCGUACAAGGCUGGCCGUUUGGGUUUCAAUCCAGCAGAGAAGUGGUAUGAGGGGGAAAUCGGAUUUUUUGACAACUAUGUGAUUCCACUGGCAAAGAAGUUGAAGAAUUGUGGUGUGUUUGGGGUUGCAAGUGACGAGUAUUUGAACUAUGCAAUGGAGAAUCGUCGCGAGUGGGAAGAAAAGGGUCGUGAUUUGGUUGCGACUUUGACGGAGCAGCACAUGGGGUAG